UUUUUUUCAGGGAUUAUUAUUUUUUCUAUUUUCAAUUAUAAUUUUGACUUGAAACGUACUAUUUUUACAGAGACAGAUGUGGGGGCGGCCACGGUUGUAAGUUAGCUGAAAGAAGGCAAAUUAGGCUGUUCAGAGCCAAAGUUUGUUUCUUUUAUUUAAAUUUUGUUUAAUGUGAUGAGAAAAGAAUGCUGGCUUAGGUGCAUGGCUUCUCCAUUUGUUUUGGCUUAGUCGAAUUAUUGACUUUUUUGUAAUUCCUGUUUACAAUCUUCAGAGGUAGGGUGUUAGACUAUUGUUAACAAGUAUCUAAGUCUUGUACUGCGUUUUUUGGGCAAAAAAUGGUGCCACAAGGGCCUCCAACUCCUCUUGGGGGAGGACCCCAGCCUAUUCAGCCUUCACUACUGCGUUCUAAUUCGAGUUUGUUGGGUGGUCAUGAAGGUGGGAUGCCUUCCCAGAAUUCUUUUGCGCCUCUAGGAUUGCCACAUACCCAGUUUAAUAACAUUAACAUGCUUGGGAAUGUGCCCAAUCGAUCUUUUGUUAAUGGUGGUCUAAGUUCUGGGCUCUCUGGACUGGGGACCUCCCAACGGGGACUUAUUGAAAGCGGUGCUGAGCCCGAUCCACUUUCCAAUGCUGGAAAUGGGGUGGGAUUUAAUCCUCCUUCCACAUCAUAUGCACCUUCUUCUAUAACAACCAACCAAAAUUCAACCAGUCAAGUUCAAGGGCAACAACAAUUUGCAAACCUUUCUGGCAAUCAGAUGGUAAUAGAUCAUCAACAGACCCAACAAUUUGAUCCGCAAAAUUUUCAACAGAAUCAGCAUCAGUUACAGCAGUUUUCUGCUCCCAGCAACCCCCAACAACAGCAACAGCUUCCAACAAUGCGAGCUGGACUAGGAGGCAUUGGACCUGUCAAGCUGGAGCCACGAGUGAUGAAUGAUCAAACACUUCAGCAGUUGCAGGUUUUGAGGAAUCUUGGUACUGUAAAAUUGGAGCCACAGCAGAUGCAAGGUAUCAGAAGCUUGCCACCUGCCAAGAUGGAACCCCAACAUUCAGACCAGUCAUUGUUUUUACAUCAGCAACAGCAACAGCAACAGCAGCUCCUCAUGUCCAGACAGUCCUCUCAGGUGGCUACAGCUGCACAGAUUCAGAGGCUGAUGCAACUCCAACAUCAGCAACAACCGCAACUGUUGAAG